AUGCCCACUGUGUUAACCAAGUUCACUCCUUACAGCCGUCCAGAUGUGGCUAUCGGUGCCCUGGAUGCCAGAGCCAUUGGCUAUCAAGCACCACUUGUUAUCACUACUCUGAAUAUAGAUUGGGUACUGGAACUCCACAAUGACGAUCUAGAAGAACCCAGGGCUCAGGCAGAUGGAUGUUUUGGAGUGGCUGAUUUUUUUCAAUGGCCACAGAUGUAUUGUAAGGAGUUUGAAUAUGCCAUCUGCAUCCCUCACAAGGAUACCUCAUCAAUUGACCUGCAAUUUGCCUGGUUCACUCCCACUACAGCUGACUUUGCCAUUCAACCUGGGACUGCAUUUGCCAUCAGUACUCUACACUCACAUAUUGUUGAUGGUAUUAACAACUUGCUUACCAUUGCUCACAAGCUGGUCCUCUUGGGGUCCACUUGA